AUGGAAGCAAAAGCCAGGGAACGCGAGGCGCUAGUCUCCAAGACCUCCGGGAAAGAGGCUCUUGACCACGCAGUAGCAGCCGCAGAGCUGUACAUGAAAGCCGCCAAGGAAGCGCCCCAGGUCGCAGACAGGAAACGUCUGAACAAGAAAUGUCAAGACCUAAUACUGCGAGCCGAGGGGUUGAAGAGAGCCGCCCAGGCCACAGACAGCGUCAGCCAUGUCGAAAGGAGACUCCAGCUGCCGCGUCAUGUGCGCCAGAUUCCUACAAGUGAGAAGAGCCUCCUAUAUCGCAACGCACGUCUGCAUGGAAACACGUUUCCCCCGUGGGAAUCGGAUCCUGAUCCUGCGGACUUUACUGGCGGCCCGUUUCGCGAUCCCUCCUCCUUCUCCUUAUCUGCAAGACAGGAGGCAGUAUUCGCAGGAUGGAAACGUCCGCUGGAGUUGUUCGGAGACGGAGUGGGAUCUAACGAGAACCCGAAUGAGAGUUGCUGGAUGAAAGCAGGCCACGACUACGAUCUAGUUCAAGACAUAACGACGGACUGCUCUGUAGUCGCCAGUCUCUGCGCAAGUAUCAAGCAGCUGCGUCCGGGGCCGACAUCCAUCCUCCCGGCGCUGAUGUUCCCGGUAGAGUCUGAGAACGGCCAACCAAGAAUCUCUGCGAGCGGGAAAUACGUAUUCCGGAUGUUCUUCAAUGGCUGUUUCCGCAGAGUAGUCAUCGAUGAUUGCCUCCCGUCGUCUUCGAACGACCGUACCCUCUACGUUGUCGACCGCCAGAAUCCGAAGCUCAUCUGGCCUGCGCUGAUGGAGAAGGCGUACCUCAAAGUACGAGGCGGCUACGAUUUCCCCGGUAGCAACUCCGGCACUGAUCUUUGCGUAUUGACGGGCUGGAUACCGCAGCAGCUAUUCUUGCAAAGCGACGACUUGGAUUGGAACGCGACUUGGAAGAGGGUAAAGAAGGCUUAUGACUAUGGCGACGUUGUCGUCACGCUUGGCACUGGCCACCUGUCGCCAGACGAGGAAGAAACUAUGGGCUUAGCCGGGGAGCACGACUAUGCCGUGCUCGACAUGUCCGAGACACCCGAGGACAGACGACUUCUCGUGAAGAAUCCAUGGUGCGAUGGACUCGUAUGGAAGGGUAUUGGGUCCUCAUCCGCAAAGGCACCUGGUGAAGCCAAUGACCACCCGGUCAAAGUGAAGCCAGGCUCAUUCUGGAUCAGCUUCGACGAUGUGACACAAAACUUCGAAUCGCUGUAUCUCAACUGGAACCCAAGUCUAUUCACGCAGCGCCAGGAUCACCACUUCACAUGGCAACUACCCGAAGCAAACAUGGCUGGCUCAUUCGCACACAACCCACAGUACUCCAUGACAGCCCAAGCAGACGGCCAGACUUGGAUCUUGCUAAGCCGCCACUUCCAAGACGCGGAGCUCGAGAUCGCACGAAAGCGCACCACCACCCUCGCCGCCGUGUCCAACAUGAUGGGCUUCAUGAGUCUGUACAUCUUCACCAACAACGGGGAGCGCGUCCAGCUAAGCGACAAGUCGAUCUACCGCGGUCCCUUCGUCGACUCGCCCGAGACGCUCGCGCCCUUCGAGGCCAAGAAAGGCGUGCGAUACACCAUCGUCGUAGCCUCGCAGGACCUCCCCUUGCCGAGCUACUCCUUCACGCUAUCCUUCUUCUCCCGCAGCACCCUGACCGUCGUGCCCGCGCAACACAGCCUAAAGCACUACACGGAGCUCAAGAGCAGCUGGACGCGCCGCACCUGCGGCGGCAACUCCGCCUCCCCGACCUACCUCACCAACCCGCAGUUCAGCAUCACACUCCCCCAACCAAGCUUCCUCUCGAUCCUGCUCUCGACGUCCCGGGACGACCUGCCCGUGCACACGGACCUAGUCUGGGCGCGCGGCCGCCGCGUCACCGCCGUCACGGUGCGCGACCUAGUCGCCACGUCGGGCGACUACCGGCGCGGCUGCUGCGCCCUCGAAACCCUCGCCUCGGCCCCCGUCGACGCCGGCGUCUACACCGUCGUCUGCUCGACCUUCGAGCCGGGCCACCUGGCCGACUUCACCCUCCGCGUCGGCUCCGACGUGCCCUGCACCGUCGCGCCCGUCCCGCCCGACGCCGGCGGCCGUCUGCGCGCCCAGUUACCCCCGCUCGCGUUUCGUUCAGGCGAGUCUAACAAGAAGCGCGCCUCUGUGUCCGUGGAUCGACUCACGCGCGCUAGUGUCGUGCUCACGCGGAGCAUCAGUCACCACCCCAAUUUCUCCUCACACAACAGAAACAGCAACAUCGGUAGCGGUAGCGGGAUCCCACGCUCCCACCCGACAAUACGCAUGACGCUCGAGAGCGGCCGCGGCCCGCACCGCGAGGUCCUCGCCGCGACCGGCCCUGGUGGUAAUGGCGAGUUCAGCGAGGUCGGCCUCGGGUUGCGCACGCCCGAGUUCGAUAUCGAUCCCCGGCGGUGCGGCGGCGGCCUCUGGCUCGUGGUCGAGCAGAUGGGCGUCGGGCCGGCGACUGCGGGUGGGUCUGCGGCUUCGGCGGAGGGGGUAGGGGAGGGAAACGGGGACGGGCUGCAAGUCGAGGUGUUUAGUGAUGGGCGGGCGGUUGUUGGGGGGUGGGAGGUUGUAGAUGGAUGA